UUCCAUUUACAAAUUGCUCAAUUAAGGGGACUGCAGCCGCAAUAAAACUACUGAAAAUUAACGUUAAGUAUGCCAGAGCCAGCACCCAUUUACAGCCAAUGAGAGUGGAGCCAAGGGACAAGGCCCAAAAUGCAACAUUUGGCUUUAAUGGACGGCACGAACCAGGCAGAAAGCAAAUAUUGACAUAACACGUCAACGAUUGAGUGGCGGAGGAAGCCACAGCAGGCAGAAGCAGCAGACCAUACGGCGGGGAAUUUGGGAGCACAAAGAAUGUGUUAUGGCCACAACGAGAACCCAGGGAGAUGCUGAGCCAAGAACAGGGACGGUGCCAGGGCAGCAAGGAAGUAGGAAGCUCUCCACAGCCAGCUGCACAGGUGGCAUCGGAGCAACUGCAGCCAGCUGGCAGAGCUGCUACUACUGCACAAGAGAGCAUUUCAAGAACAUACCAGAGUUCGUCAGUCACCUGCGGAAUCGGCAUUGCACGAGGGAAGGCGGUUCUUUCGUCUGCCGCUAUGGCUUCAACGGAGUGUGCGCCUCAUUGCCGCUGGACGGCGUCUCGGAUCGCGACUACGAUGCCCAUGUAGCCAAGUAUCACGUGAACCAGCUUACCCGCGAGAUGCCGCCCGAGUGGGGCGUCUACUCGGCGGCCCAGAACCUGCCAGCCGUCCUCAACGAUCCCUCACGUGGCAAGCAGAGCAAUCUGUUCACCAAAAAGUGGGGCGAGCAGUUUGUGGAGCGCAUGCAUGUCCCAGCAUCCUCCAGGCUGCCGGACAUCACCCAUGCGGACUUUGCGGUGUAUUUGGGCAGCAUUGGGAAGCGCUAUCGCUGGCAUGAGCGGCGCCAGCAGCAGCUGCAGCGGGACAUUCCUCUGGAGAAUGGAACAGGAGGAGCAGCAGGAUCCAUCGGAAGUCCCACGCAUUUGAGUUCCGUGCCGGAUAUAUUCCUUAAGUCGCAGCUGCAGCUGCAUCAUGCCCCCACCUUCAAGCAGGUCUUUCCGGACCUCAUGCAAUCCUCGGAGUCGAGUCCGUCGACGCACCAGCAGACGGGAAGGCAGCUACAGGAGCAACUGAGUCAGUAUCUGGACGUUGUAGAGGUGAAGAUAGCACAGCAGGUGUCCCAGAAGUCCGCAGCCUUCUUUCAUGCCAUGACCACGCAGCACGCCAUCCUGGCGGAGAUGGAGCAGGCGGCCGAGCAGGUGCGGCAGCUCCGUUCAGCCCUCGCACAGCUGCACAACAGCUCCGUGGUGGAUAGCUUUAAGGUCCUGCGCUAUGCGAAGCGGCGGCAGCACUACAAUUUAACCCUCGACAAGCUCCGAUUGAUGGCCACGGUGCACAAGACACAGCCGAUGCUCCAGCUGCUCCUCGGGACACAGGACUAUGUGGCCGCACUGGACCUGAUUGGAACGACGCAGGAGAUACUGUCAGCGGAACUGCUGGGCGUGCACUGCUUCAAGCAUCUCCCCAUGCAGCUCAGUGAGAUGGAGAAGCUCAUCGACAAGAUGCUGACUACGGAAUUCGAGCGGUACGCCGCCUCCGACCUCAACAGACCUCUGACCCCCGAGGGCCUGCUGGAGACGGAGAGCGUGUGCGCGGAGGAGGACAAGUUGGUGGCCAUUGUGAUGGGUCUGCUGCGCAAGCAGAAUUUCUCGUUUGUACAGUCCUACCAGCAGGAGGCCAUCGCCACCAUUCGGGCCAUCAUCAAGCAGUUGCUCAUCGAAGUCCUCUCGCGCAGCGACAGCGACAAGGAGAUCAGUCUCACUGGAGCGGGAGAACAGGCCUUGGAGCUGACCCUUCCCGAAUGGAUCGCCCUGCUGCAGCGUUCGAGUCAGGCUUUGACCUCCAUUCUGGAGCGGAUCAAGGCUGUGGUGGGGAUAAUGCAGCAGACAGCCGAUGCUGCCGUCGGAGCCCAGGACACCGUCAAUCUGAUCGAUUCGGAGGCCUUCCUGAGCGCCAGCCACCACGAGCAGCUGCGCUCCCAGCUGCAGCUGCUUCUGCAGAACGUCUGCCACUACUGUCACGAGCGCUGUGCCAACAUCGUCUCGCCCCAGAGCCUCGAGCGGAGUUCGGCCAGCGAGCAGGAGCUCUCCCAGCUGUCGGACAUCGUCGAGCAGUUCAGCGAGACCACGAAGAGCAUCUGUGGCGUGGCCAGCGUUCCCCUGCAGCUGGCCCUAAAGGUGCAGGCCUCACGCUACGCCCAGCGAUUCCAUUCCGAGCACAAGCAUAAGCUCUCGCUGCUCCUCGACCAAGAGAGAUGGCGACAGGUUGACAUCCCCCACGAAUUCCAGCGCAUCAUCGAGCGCAUGUCCUCGGGGGACUAUGCCAAGCCCGAAGGUUCGCUCAUCAGCAACGGAGGAGGAAAUCCCGUGCUGCUGCUGGAGGGCAAGCAGCCGUAUGCUUUGGUCAGUGCCUCCCUGAUGCUCAUCCAAAUGCUGUACGAAUACGGGGGCAGUGCGCAUCGUCUGCCGUUCCUGGCCAGCUAUCAUUCGAGGAACGUGGUGGAUCUCUUGCGCUGCUUCAACUCCCGCAGCUGUCAGUUAAUCAUCGGAGCGGGAGCCAUGCGUGUGGCUGGACUAAAGACGAUCACUAGCACCAAUCUGGCGUUGGUUUCGCGGGCCCUGCAGCUGGUCCUGUGGCUGUUGCCGCGCAUCAAGGAGCACUUCCAUUCGAUGAGUGGCUACGAGGCCAUCGAACGCGACUAUCAGGGUCACAUCAAGGAGAUCGAAAGCAAGAUCCACGGCAUCGUUUCAGAGCGCGUGGCCGCGCAGCUGGAGGCCUGGGAGGCCCGUCCGCCCAUUCCCUCGCAGACCUUCCGACACAUCUCGCGGCAUCUGGUGAAGCUGCACGAGGCCAUUGCGGGGGUCCUGCCCGAGGCGCAGAUCCACGAGAUCUACGGCGUGAUGCACCGCAACUUCAAGGAUCGCCUGAGAGAGCAGCUCCUCAAGCUUAACGUCAACAAUAACGGGGGGCCGCAGCACGGCGUCGUCACCUCAGAGCUCACCUUCUAUAUGGAGACAUUGCGCACGCUGAAGGCCCUGCCAGCGACGCAGCUGGACAAUGGGAUCCUCGAGGAGAUCUGGCUCUACUGAAGUAUUUCACAAAGCAUCAUCUUCAUUGUUUGUUAUCCCCAUGGGUCGGAUCGGAUCGGAUCGGAUCGGAUCCCAUACCAUCCCCCUCUUCUACGUUAUUCUUGUUUUAUCGCCUCCUUUUAUCGUUAAUCCACGUAUGUAUUUUGUUUUGCAAUUGUAUAUUGAGUCCUAGUUUUAUGUUCCUCCCAAAAACGCAGAAAGGAUUUUGCACUUUUUAUAAUAGUUAAGAUUAAAGUUGAAAGAAUGAUAAUGAUUAAAGAAAUACUAUAGUUAAUAA